UCCUUCCUCGAAGAAGACGUCGUCUACCUAGGCGUGAUGGGGUGCGUGUAAUUCUUUUUUCUAGGUAAGGGAGCGCUAGGGUUUGUGGCGAGAGAGGAAGCACCAAGGCGCUGGAUCGGCGCUGCGGCACAGACGGUAUGACAUUCUAGUCCAUCAGGCAGUGCUAUCGAUCGAGGCGACCAUGGAGAGCAGUAAUCCGGCACCAUCGCUCUCCUCUUCGUCGCACGCCCAGCUCCCGGCCAGGAUUUCUAGCCUUCUCCCCGCCUCGUUCUCCAGGAUUUCGAGCUUGCUAGAGGUCUCGGGGCUGCUGAGAGGCGCUCCACAGGAACUAGGCCCUAUGAACAGGGACAGGGACGAGAGUGGCGGAGCAGAGGUGUCGAUCAGGAUAAUUGCCGACUCUGGGUCGCCGAGAGAGAGUGGCUCGGGGCGCCCGCGGGCAGCCGAUUCGACUGUCCAGGACGAGCAGAGUGGUUCUGAUAGAGAGCUGGAAACCGAGGAGUCCACCACAAUUGCUACCGCUGCUGGCGAUCGUGAGGCCGUGAGGUAUGAUUUCCAGCACCUAGCUAAAUGGGUCGAGCAGAUCCUCCCAUUCUCGAUUUUGUUACUCGUGGUCUUCAUACGCCAGCAUCUCCAAGGUUUCCUUGUGACGCUUUGGAUAUCAGCUAUUAUGAUCAAAGCGAAUAGUCUUCUUCGUAAGCAGACGUCUCUAAGAGGAGAGCGAAAAACGUACAUUCUAGUGGUCCUUGCCGCAUUUCUCAUCCAACAUGUCGAGGGUAUAUACUGGUGGUAUCGUGCCGACGCUCUUUGGCGACCGCUUGUUCUCCUCCCACCGAAAGACAUCCCAAACUUUGCGGACGCGUUUUUCAAUAUUGUUUUGAAUGAUACGAUGGUCCGGUUGUCUGCCAUGGCAUUCAAGUGCGGUGUUCUUAUAUACUACAAGAAAGGCCGAGGACGUAACUAUCGAUGGCAGGGCCAAAUAUUGACUCUCACCGAGUAUGUUGUUCUACUUUAUCGAACUGUAAUACCAGGACCAGUCUGGUACCGCUUCUUUUUAAACAAAGAGUAUGGGAGCCUGUUUUCAUCGCUGACAACAGGAUUAUACCUCACCUUCAAAGUCACCUCGGUCCUUGAGAAGGUGCAAAAGUUCGCUACGGCAGUGAGAUCGAUUCUUCGCAGGGAAGUCCAAUACGGUACAUAUGCAACGCAUGAAGAGGUGCUCGCGGUAGGAGAUCUGUGCGCUAUAUGCCAGGAAAAGAUGCACGCCCCGAUAUCCUUGCUGUGCAAGCACGUCUUUUGCGAGGAUUGCGUCUCCGAGUGGUUUGAGAGGGAGCGAACUUGUCCAUUAUGUCGAUCGGUUGUGAAGUCGUCGGAGCUAAGAUCUUUUGGCGAUGGCUCCACGAGUCUCUUUGUACAGCUCUUUUAAAGAGAGAAGGGGCCAGCCAGUAAACAAGAUUUUCGUCCA